AGGUAGGGCAGGUGCCGAGGUGUCAGGUUUCAGUGUCGGCUGGCAGCUCUUUAGAAUCGAUCCGGAAAGAAACACGAUUUCCUUUGUGACCACGAUUGAAUUUAAAAUACUUAUUGACUUCACGUGCAGCCAUGGCACCUAAAUAUGACGGCCUGUCCCACUGUAAGCUGGCCCUGGUGUUUGCUGUGCUCAUGGACUUACUGGGUGUGAUUUCCCUACUGCUGGGGGUCUUCGCUGAACUUGAGAUCCAAGGCCGAGACUUUGGGGAUCUGCUGGUGUACACAGGAGCCCUCCUGGUGCUGCUGUCCCUGGCGGGCUGGGUCAUGUGGUACAGUGGCAAUAUUGAAGGUCUCACCUCUCAGAAGGAGCUGGGGAAGACUGCUGGAGCUAUGGACCGCCUCGCUCGCUCCCUGAGCCGCAGGAUACGCAUCCCCAGAACUCGCAGCAGCCCCACAUAGGAAGUGGAGCCUGAAGAUACGGACUGACUGAUUGACUGUUACAUGAAGGGCUGCCUGCCUUUAACCAGGCAGCUGGCCAAACUGCCUGAGGCGAAGGAGUGUCACUCCUGGUUGUCGUUCUCCUCACAAAACAAAAGCCUCAUUCACAUGGGAAAAAUGACCUGUCAGUGUCAUUUGUUGUGUUGUCAUAAGGAAAACUGGGAAAAUGUGUAUACUGGAAGCUGUAUAUGGACUACACUCAGGUUAAUUAUGUAAUAAGCAUUAUAGAUUCCAAUAUAUGAAGAUUAAAAACAUGAAUCUCAUGUA